AUGUUUGAGGUAAUUAUCUUGAUAGGUCCUGGAACAGAAUUAUUUCCAAUAGUUAGUGAGAAGUUUUCAAAGGCUUGCCUUCCAAUCAUGAACAGCCCAAUGAUUCUUCAUACAAUGGAAUGCCUUCGGAGUAUCUCAAAGAAAUUCUUCGUGGUUGGAUUGAAUGAGGAAAAAGAAGAUCUUAUGAAUGCUAUAAAGGGGAGGAUCGAUGUGCCUGUGGAGUAUGUAGGAAUUGACACAUAUGAUGGAACAGUGGCAUCUCUUUUGAACGUGUAUCCAAGAAUAUCAUCUGAAGAUGUCCUUGUAUGCAAGGGAGAUAUUGUGACUAAUAUGGAUAUUCAGGCAAUGGCAUCAAACUACUUCAACGAAAAGAAAAUGUUUAUGGUGAUUCUGGAAAAUUCGACAUCAGAGACAUCCAUUCUAGGAUACAAAGGUGACGAUUUAAUGUUUUACUCAAAUGAUUCCAACGAGGAAAUUCCUUUCCACUUGUUGAAAAAGGGACUAACUCUUACAAAAGACCUUGACAUACUUCAACUCUACAUGUUCAGGACUUCACUGUUCAAAGCAUUCAAGCCAGAUUACUUCAGCUUUAAGCAUGGGCUGUUGCCCAAUAUUGUGAAAAGUCUAAUUCCAACGAAUCCGGUUGGAAUUCACAGGCCUAAGAAGAGCUAUAUUUACCAGAUAAGAACCAUUAAUAACUAUUUGUGUGUAAAUGCUCUACUAAAAAGACGUGCGGUUAGUACGGAUAAGAAGUUGAAAACAAGUGAGUCAAAUGCGAAAUUUAUAAAGGAUUAUGUGAAGAAAUAUAACCUCAAGGAUCUAAGCAAUGUAGUUGGAAGUAAUACUAAAACAGACAACGUGCUUCUCCUUGAUUCGAUAAUUGGAAGUGGAUGCGAUAUUGGUGAGGAAUCAAAAAUAAUAUCAUCGAUUGUGAUGAAUAACGUUUCUAUUGGGAAUGGAUCACAUAUUGAAGGGUCUGUGAUUGGAAUGGGUGCAAACAUUUUUUCUGGGAGCACGUUGGUUAAUUGUAAGGUAUCUCCUGGAUAUGUAUUCACUGAGGUAGUUGAUGCUGAUACUCGAUCUUUCAGUAAAUAA